ACGCGCUACGACAUAAUUUAAGUAGUGGUCUGUAUGAUUUGCAAUUUGUUUUUUUUUUCAUAAACCUAGAACUGUCAAACGAAUCAAACAAGAAUUUACAAGUCAUCGCUUAGUGUAUACAUUGAAUAAAAAGUAAAAUGGCUGCAACAUUAGAAGAUAAAUCCAUUUGGGAGGAUGGUGAAGAAUUAGGCGAAGAAGUUAUGCGAAUGUCCACAGAUGAGAUUGUAAGCAGGACUCGUCUCAUGGACAAUGAAAUUAAGAUCAUGAAGAGUGAGGUUAUGCGAAUAACGCACGAAAUACAAGCCCAAAACGACAAAAUAAAGGAUAAUACUGAAAAAAUUAAGGUUAACAAAACUCUUCCGUAUUUGGUUUCCAAUGUCAUAGAGCUGUUGGAUAUGGAAGCCCAAGAAGAUGAAGAUGAUGGUGCUGUGCAAGUUUUAGAUAACCAGCGCAAGGGCAAAUGCGCCGUUAUAAAAACAUCGACCCGGCAAGCAUAUUUUUUGCCCGUAAUUGGUCUGGUCGAUGCAGAAAAAUUGAAACCUGGAGACUUGGUUGGAGUUAACAAGGAUUCCUAUCUUAUUUUGGAGACGCUUCCUGCUGAAUAUGAUGCGCGCGUUAAGGCCAUGGAAGUCGACGAACGUCCCACUGAACAGUACUCAGACAUAGGUGGGUUGGAUAAACAGAUACAAGAAUUAAUAGAAGCUGUGGUGUUGCCCAUGACACAUAAGGACAAAUUCAAAAAUUUGGGCAUUCAACCACCAAAAGGAGUUCUUUUAUACGGCCCUCCUGGUACUGGUAAAACUCUUCUGGCACGUGCAUGUGCUGCUCAAACAAAAUCAACAUUUUUAAAAUUAGCAGGCCCACAGUUAGUACAAAUGUUUAUCGGUGACGGCGCCAAAUUGGUUCGAGAUGCUUUUGCCUUGGCAAAGGAAAAAGCUCCAGCCAUAAUUUUUAUCGAUGAAUUGGAUGCUAUUGGUACUAAACGUUUUGACUCGGAGAAAGCCGGCGAUCGUGAGGUUCAGCGUACUAUGUUAGAGUUGUUGAAUCAGCUGGAUGGUUUCAGUUCUACCGCUGAUAUAAAAGUUAUUGCUGCAACAAAUCGCGUAGACAUUCUGGACCCUGCCCUUCUGCGUUCAGGGCGUCUAGAUCGUAAAAUAGAAUUUCCUCAUCCAAACGAAGAAGCCCGUGCACGUAUUAUGCAAAUUCAUUCGCGAAAAAUGAAUGUUAGCAGCGAUGUAAAUUUCGAAGAAUUGUCGCGCUCUACUGAUGACUUUAAUGGCGCUCAAUGCAAAGCUGUGUGCGUGGAAGCUGGAAUGAUUGCAUUACGACGUUCGGCGACUCAAGUUACGCAUGAAGAUUUUAUGGAUGCUAUAAUGGAAGUCCAGGCCAAGAAGAAAGCUAAUCUAAAUUACUAUGCCUAAUCAAAUGUGUGUAUAGAUGUAAUAUUUUUCGCUUCAAAACAUUGUCCAUAAAAUUCGCGAAAUUAAAAAAAUAACUAAAUAACUAAAAAAAAAACUUCAA